CUCUGGGCUCUAGCUGGCUCUCAGUACCGGUUCCGUCCUCUCUCGGUACGGUGUACUUAUAGCAGUCCUACGGCACUAUAGUAGUCCUGCUUCACUAUAUUAACCCUGCGUCACUAUAUAGCAGUCUUUCCUCAAUAUAUAGCAGUCCCUGUAGUAGUCCUGCCUCACUAUAUAGCAGUCCUCCCUCACUAUAGUAGCCCUGCGUCACUAUAUAUUAGCCCAGCGUCACUUCAACAGCCCUCCCAACAGACAGAUAGACUACCAGCCCCGCUACAACAAACCUCCCGGCAGACAGACUACCAGCCCCGCUACAACAGCCCUCCCGGCAGACAGACUACCAGCCCCGCUACAACAGCCCUCCCGGCAGACAGACUACCAGCCCCGCUACAACAGCCCUCCCGGCAGACAGACUACCAGCCCCGCUACAACAGCCCUCCCGGCAGACACAGACUACCAGCCCCGCUACAACACCAGGUGAAGGACAUCCGAGGCAGUGAAGCAGGAUAUGGCUGCACAAGAUAGAGCACUAUAUGACCGUGCAUUACGACUGAAGCUGUCUGAAGCGGGCCUUAUUAGAUACAGCUACCCACGGCCUCACCCCUGGGAGGACGGCAAGGCUGAGGUGAGGAAUGCCGAAGAUGCGCUGUACCCUCUCGUCCCUAGCGAUGGCAUUCGCAACUGUGAUCGGUGCAAAACGGUGUACCAUAUAGAUGAUGAAGGACGUCCACUCACCUCCAGUGUUUGUCGAUACCAUUUUGGCAGACUCUACGGCUCCCCCGUAAAGCGCUAUCGCUGUUGUCAACAAAAGAGUAACGCCGCUCCCUGCAAGAUAGCAUCCCAGCACGUAACAGCGGAUAUAGACCUUGAUAAUCUAAGUGGAUUUUGCCACACUCAGCAAAGUGAUAAUGACGAAAAAUCCAUUUAUGCCUUGGACUGUGAGAUGAUCUACACCACAGAGGGAAUGGUCGUGGGAGCAAUCUCUGUGGUCAACACUGACUACCAAGUGGUUUAUGAGACGCUUGUGAAACCUGAGAACAUCGUAGACUACAACACCGAGCACUCUGGACUAACUGCCACACAAUUCCAAGAUGUUACGACGAACCUUCAAGAUGUCCACUCCAAACUGUUGUCUUUGUUUGGGAGUAAAACCAUUCUCGUGGGCCACUCCCUAAAUAAUGACUUCCUACGGUUGAAACUGAUUCAUGACCUUGUUGUAGACACAAUAAUAAUGUACCCUCACUCAAGAGGCCUUCCCUUCCGCAACUCGCUGGCAUAUCUGAAAGAGCGUUACUUGAAACCCAGCUUAAGUACCAGCUUGAAUUUCAAAUGUCGAGACGAUGCCAUCGCCGCCAUGAAGCUUUUCCGCCGCAGGUUUUGAGUAGAAGGUCCACUAAGCUGCUGUGCCACAAGUUGUUAGUGAAAGGUCCACUAAGCUGGCAUGCAGCAAGUCCUAAGUAAAAGGUCCAGUAAGCUGGUUAGCGCAAGAUUCUCGCACAAUGACUUGUUAAAUUAUUUAAGAGCUAUUAUCUUCUAGUGUGAUUACAAGCUAAGCUUGAAUAACUGCUAUUAUGUGAUAAAAAAGUAUUGUAUGCAGCGUUAUUUGUAAGUUCAUAGUCUUUACAUGAUGAAAAUCUUUGGGGCAAAAAGGGUAAUCGAACCAGCGUGCUGGGGUAACCUCAGACAAGCACUCCGAUCGAUCCGCUCCAAUGAUUUUCUUAGAUAUCACGUUAUUGUGACUUCUAGUAAAUUUACGUGACGUAAAUCAUUGGAGCUGGACGGGAAUCGAACCAGCGUCCUGAGUCACCCAGACGCGUGCACUGUUCUCAUACAAACAUCAUCCAAUUGUGAUUUUGUUUUAGUAUUUACACAUCUUGGAUUGACUGACAAUUGUGAAGUUUCAUCUUGAUCCAUGUAUUAACAUUGAGAACUUGGUGACCAACUUACUUGAAUACAAGUAAUUUACAAUACAUUUUUUUUUUACAAUAAUUUUUAUAAUAAUUACAUAAUUUUUACAUAAUUAUAAUUUUUUAUAAUAAUUUUAAUAAUACAAUUUUUUUUUUUUACAAUUUACAAUACAAUUUAGAAUACAAGAAUUUAUAUAUAGAAAUUUUAACUAUUGGGCAUCAAAUGUUAUUCUUCAGCUUUGUAUUGCCGUGUUAAGCCUCAUAUUAAGCAGUUCAGUUUUGGUUAGUUUGUUGCAGGUUUGGUUAUGAUGUUUAGUGUUCCUAUUUUGUUUACCAAAGUCCAUCAUUUUGUACAUCCAUAGUCGCUAUAGGUACUAUAACUUUGGAAAGCUGGGUCAAUAUAGAGAGUAAGUCACAACAACCUAGCUGAACAUUAGACACAGGUUAUGACCCAGCCUAACCAGUUAAAACUGGACACGCUCUGGUCGUACCUUAAUUGUCAAUGUACCAUUAUUACCAUAUAAAUUUUAGCCUAUC